AUGGCCGGAGAGGUCAAGUGUCCUACCCCAAGCCCUAAGGGCAAGUGGAUAUGUAAGCCGUCGCGGUCGCUUUCCUCGACGCUGAAAUUUGCUGACAAGUGGCUCAUUGUGCUUAUAACAGGGCUCGCAGGUCAGGGAAGCUCGACUAUCGCUGAGGCCAUCGCUGCGUGGAGCUACUGGUGCGGGCAGGUAGGUGGCGAAGCGGAUGUUCACGUCAGCUGGGGCAGCCGCACUUACCUCAAUUGCGUGGUGAAAUCUGGGCGAGUUCUUCUGUCGAGCUCCGAGAGCCAAUGGCCGUGCCCACUGACCAUGCCUCUCUCAACCACUUCAGUGAGACCAUCACCAAAGAUCUCAGCUGCGACUGCAUCAAGCAGUGCAUCGCUAUCUCAGGACCCAACGAGUGGGACUUCCGAAGGACUUGGUGA